UCGCACAAGACACACGUCGUGAAGGGAUGUUAUAGCAACUAUCGAUAAGUGCGCGAAUUAAAAAAAAUAUUUUUAGUGAUGUAUAUUUGAUAUUUGAAUAAUUUUGUCGGUUAUAAGUUAAAAUAAGGUUUACUAGUUGCGUAUUCUUAAGUGUAAUAGUGUUAAUAAUAAAAAAAAAUGGUGACAAAUGUAAAAUGGCUCUUUUUAUUGGGGAUUACUGCGGUUCAAUUUUCCGUUUCGCAAACCCAAGAAAAAGAUGAACGUGAGAAGAAACCGCAGUCGGUGCGAGAUCUCUUCGACACUAAGUCAUGUAUCCCCGGCCCGUUUAGAUGUCCACAUCCACAAAUGCAGUUUUUUCUGUACACAAGGUCUACGCAAGAAAAGGGAGAAUUAAUUAAUACUUUGGAUAACGACUCGUUGACGAAUUCAAAGUUUAAUCCGAAGUAUCCAACAAAGAUUGUCGUACACGGUUUUGGUGGAGGAAGAAACCUGUCGCCUAGCACUGACAUGAGGAACGCUUAUUUCGCAAGGGGUCAUUAUAAUAUCAUCAUAGUCGAUUACGGCAGUCUAGUCAAGGAACCUUGUCUAAGCCAGAUAGAAUGGGCUCCUCGGUUUGCAAGCAUGUGUAUAGCACAGUUGGUGGACUACCUGCAGUAUCAUCCUAAGAAGGCCGUAGCACCAGAGAGGAUACACACGAUCGGGUACAGCGUCGGAGCUCAUAUUCUAGGACUAGUGGCAAAUCACCUCACAGAUGGGAAACUAGGGAGGAUCACAGGCUUGGAUCCCACCAUAUUUUUUUACAUGGGUAACAAUCGGUCUCGAGAUUUGGAUCACACGGACGCUCUGUUUGUCGACAUUUUACAUACAGGUGCUGGUAUACUUGGUCAGUGGGGACCAAAUGGCCAUGCUGAUUUUUAUGUCAACGGCGGCUCGAGUCAACCAGGAUGCGCGCAUGAUACUAUUUUUCAAACACUUUCCUGCGACCAUACAAAGGUGACUCCGUAUUUCAUCGAGUCUAUUAACAGUCCAACUGGUUUCUGGGCUGGGCCUUGUCCCAAUCUGUUCUCAUACUUGAUAGGCUGGUGUGAGCCAAAGGACACCGAAUAUGUACUCAUGGGAGAGCACGUCACGCACAGAGCUCGAGGUGUGUACUAUGUGACCACAAACGCAAAACCACCAUAUGCAAGAGGCUUCCCUGGUAAAUCGAGACGCCUGCGAUCUGUCACACCGUACAGUUGAUUGUAAUUUAAUUAACGCUUAAACUAUAGGAUAAAGAAACUGAUGCCAACGACUACAAUAGUAACGAAUUAACGAUAGUGUCAUAUUCUUGUCUGUCUGCAUAUAGAUUAUUUUAGUUAGUUAAUCAGCAUGGAGUGUUGCAAAUUAAAUCGCAUAUCCAUUUGGACGCAUUAAAUGCUUUCGGUGAUAUUAAUAAUAUUAUAAUAUGAGAAUUAAUUAAUUAAAUAAAUAAUAUUAAUCCGCUUGCGAGUUGUCGUAAAUAUUUAAAAUAGUUUUUUACAAAUUGUAUUCUAAAAUAUCGAGUUUUUUAAUAGAGAUAACCAUUUAUCGAAGUUAAUAAAAUGAUUUUGCUUAGAAUUAAUUCUCAUAAAACUCCGUCAGGAGUCCUGACCGCAUACCUUUUUUAGGUUAAACGGUGAAAGUUGUAAAUUGAAAAUCUUUCACGAUUUGAAGAUUGUAAGUAUCAACAACAUUGCUCGUUAUGUUCCUUCAAAAUAUUAAUGGCUUGAUUAACUCAUUGUACGGCACAAUAUCUAUUGUCUUAUUACAAUGAACCUUGAGUAAACUCUAUUAAAUUGUUUUUCGUUUUUAGAAAGCCUUAUUCCAGUGCUCUUGCCUUGCAUUCAUA